AUGUUCAGUCUGCAGAUGCUUCUGUUUCUGCUUCUGCUCCACAUGCAGGUUGCCACGGCAUUUCCUACACCUUCCGAAGAGAAAAGCACAACAAUGGUUCAGGACUACCUAGAAAAGUUCUACCAACUACCGAGCAGCCGAUAUCGGUCUGCGAGAAAGAACAGCACCAGUAUGAUUGUGGAAAAGCUUAAAGAAAUGCAGCGGUUUUUCGGGUUGAACGUGACGGGGAAGCCAGAUGCGGAAACUUUGGAGACAAUGGAAAAGCCUCGCUGCGGGGUGCCAGACAGGGGUGAUUUCAUGCUGACCCCAGGAAACCCCAAGUGGAAACACACUAACCUGACCUACAGGAUUAUAAACUAUACCCCACAGUUGUCAGAGGCUGACGUGGAUUCAGCUAUUGAGAGAGCCUUUGAACUCUGGAGUCAUGCAUCACCUCUGAGAUUCACCAGGAUCUCACAGGGAGAACCAGACAUCAAGAUCGCUUUUGUCCAAAGAGAUCACGGUGACAAUUCUCCCUUUGAUGGACCCAAUGGAAUCCUCGCUCAUGCCUUUCAGCCAGGACAAGGUAUUGGAGGAGACGCUCAUUUUGAUGCUGAAGAAACGUGGACCAAAACUUCCGCCAAUUACAACUUGUUUCUUGUCGCUGCCCAUGAAUUCGGCCAUUCCUUGGGGCUCUCUCACUCCUCAGACCCUGGCGCCUUGAUGUAUCCCAACUACGCUUUCAGGGAGCCCAGCACCUACUUGCUCCCUCAAGACGACAUCAACGGCAUCCAGGCCAUCUACGGACCUUCGGACAACCCUAUCCAACCUACUGGACCAAGCACACCCAGAACCUGUGACCCAAGAUUGACAUUUGAUGCUAUCACCACCCUCCGUGGAGAAAUAUUUUUCUUUAGAGACAAGUAUUUCUGGAGAAGACAUCCUCAGCUACGAAGCAUCGAAUUCAACUUCAUCUCUCUCUUCUGGCCAGCCCUGCCAGAUAGUAUACAAGCUGCGUAUGAGGACUUGGAUAGGGACCUGGUUUUUCUAUUUAAAGGCAACCAGUACUGGGCAAUGAAUGGCUAUGACCUUCAGCCAGGUUACCCCAGGGAUAUCUCAAACUAUGGCUUCCCAAGCAAUGUCCAAGCAAUUGAUGCAGCCGUUUACUUCAGAAGUAAAACAUACUUCUUUGUCAAUGACCAAUUCUGGAGAUAUGAUAACGAAAGACAAACUAUGGAACCAGGUUAUCCCAAAAGUACACUAAGUAUCUUUCCAGGAAUAGAAAGCAAAGUUGAUGCAGUUUUCCAACAGAAUUACUUCUUCUUUUUCUUCAGUGGACCGAGAUUUUAUGCAUUUGAUCUUCAGGCUCACAGAGUUACUAGGGUUGACAGAAGCAACAGAUGGCUGAACUGUAGAUAAAGUUGA